AUGGCCGAUUUUAGCCUGUUGGGAGCAGCAGUCUACCCUAACGCUAGAUAUGAGACUCUUAAGAUCGCAACACUUGUGAUUGUUUGGUUAUUUGUGAUGGAUGACGAGCUCGACAUGGAAGACGCAGCCCUGGUAGACGACAUUGAAACGUCCGACAGAUAUCGUCAGGAAAUCAUUCAAUUUACGCGGAAAUGUCUCGGGCUUCCGCACGAGAACGACUCAAAUGCCAUGGAAAACAUGGUUCAAGAGCGGUCUGCAAAGAACACUUCAUACCGCCAUAUUGUCCAGAGUUUUGCUGGCAUCGGCGCUGCAAUUCGGGACAUGUACAAUGUCGAGCAAAGAGAGAGGCUUGCUGCGCACCUGGUGCACUGCCUACGCAUGACAAAGUCGGAGCAGUUCUCCCGUCAAAUCGGCAGAAUACCCACUCCUGACGAGUACUGGGAGAUCCGUGAUGGGGCCUCCGCUGUGGGAGUCACACUAGCAUCGCUUGAGUUUAUUGCCGAAUCCAAGGGGAUUCCGCGCCAAAUCUUUGAGGAUCAUGACAUGACGAGACUUUGGACGCUUACGAAUAUGAAUGUCUCAUACAUCAAUGACAUUUUCUCAGCACAAAAAGAACUGGCCGGCCUCUCCAUCUCAAACGCGGUCCCGGUUUUCUACGCGGCUUCCGGACCUGAAAACCGCCUUGAGACUGCGAUCAAGAGGAUAGUGUCCUUGAUUGCGACCACUAUUGCCGAAAUUGAUGAAGUCAGCAAUACGCUUCUCGCGCGAUAUGGCAGUAGUGAUCCAGAAGAACAGGUCACGAAGGAUUUGCGGGCUCACAUCGACGGCUGCAAGAAUUGGUGUACGGGAAAUCUGCACUGGAGUUUGGAAACUCCUCGCUACGGCCACUUGGGAGAGAAUGCAGAUGGGAAUGGUGGCAUUACCAUUCAGUUGUAA